AUGGGAUACUCCAAAGGAUUCAAGCCUCUGCUCGAUACCCACUUCGUAGUGGUGGUCAGCGGAGAGAUCUGCACGCCAUGCACGCCACUGCUGAAAGCCCUGAAACAGGAUUUUCGUGUGCGAUACAUGCCCGACCUGACGGACAUCUACAGCACAAGUAGCGACAAUGUCACCCUGCUCUACCGGAGGGAGAACAAGGGAAUGGACUUUGCAGCACACAACGCUACCAUCGAGUGGACAAUGCAGACAGGGUGGUACCGGAGAUACAGAUACUUCAUCUUCCUGAACAGCUCAGUGCGGGGGCCGUUCUACCCUUCCUACAUGCCGCCAGGCUGGCAGUGGACGCAAGCCUACACAGAUCGCCUCGUGGGGGACAUCAAGCUUGUUGGCUCGUCCCUGGUGUGCCUGCCAGAGGUGGAUGCAGGCGGCCCUGGCCCCAAGGUGGAGUCGUGGGCAUUUGCAGUGGAUGCUACAGCCAUGGACCUGCUCAGAGGCAGCGGUGUGUUCCACACGCGCGAGUGCAAGCUGUGCAACGACGGUGUGGUGGUCAUGGGCGAGUAUGGCAUGUCAAGCGCUGUGCUGAAGGCUGGCUACAACAUUGCUACCCUCAUGUCCAUGUAUUCCCCAGGCGUGGACUGGAGGGAGCAGAGCCACUGGGGCUGCAACAACAACGCGCAUCCCUCGCGCCAUGGGACCUACGACGGCAUCUCCAUGCACCCCUUUGAGACGGUCUUUAUCAAGGCCAGCUGGCAUGUGGGGGAGCCCCACUUGGGCCACUACACCAGGUGGUUCACAGACCAGGCCCACAAUGUGGACACCACAACAGGCACCUUCAAGGAAUCUCUGUACCGAUAUGCCAUCAGCGCCGAGGCGCAGAACCCCAACAGGGCCUCAGACUGCUUCAAGAUCACUGCUGCCUGA